UGUGUCAUCUGGACAGAGCGUUUAAUCGGAAGAUUUGUUGAAGUUGAUACAUUCGUUGAAAAGUUUUAAGACACAUUAUGAGUUUCGACCCUGUUUACGUCAAGACAGAAAUUUUGUCACCUAAUGCUGAAGAGACUUCUCCUGUGCCCAGCAGCAGUGGCAGUGCUGCUGAUGACUCCGUCAGGGUCAAGCAGGAGAUGAUUUUUCUCCCUGAGAGUGUGGGUAUGAAAACAGAAGAAGAAUCCCCCAAAGAUGAGGAGGAUAAGGAACACGUCAGUCUCGGAGCUCGCCAGUAUGAGAAUGCUUCCCCACCGAGUUCAUGGAGUUUCAGGUUACUAGAAGUGAACCACGAGACGGACUGCACUGACCAGACAACACGCAGUCUCCAUCCUGACGUUAUCUACCCAGAGCAGUGUGGGACACCGGGGUCACCGAGGCGAGACUGCGACGAAAGUGAUCCGUUUGUGACAGAAUGUACGAGUGAUCCUCUCGGAAAUGACGUCCCUCGCGGAAAUGAGACGAGGGUCGUCGAAAGGUUCAGCUGCGCACACUGCGAGAAGACUUUCUUCUCGAGGUACUGCAUCACGAAGCACGUGUUCACGCACGAGCCCAGGGUACCGGCCCCGGCGUCAAUCUGCGAGCUGUGUGGCGACGUGUUCCCAGACGCGGGGGGCCUGAGCCGACACGUGGCCGACCGCGGCUGCGAGGAUCAGCGGGAGGGCGGGGCCGAGGGCGGGGCCGAGGCCCGGGAGGCGGGGCCCCGGCGGGCGGAGCUGCCGCCCGUCAGCCAGAUCCGGCCGUUCGCCUGCCGGGCGUGCGGCGCCACCUUCGCCAGGCUGAGCCACCUCAAGGUCCACCUCACCAUCCACGCCGACGACCGUCCACACGCCUGCGACGUGUGUGGAAAGCGCUUCCGCCAGUCGGUGCACCUGACGAUCCACAAGCGGCUGCACUCGGACGAGCGGCCGUACGGCUGCGAAGUGUGCGGCAAGGCGUUCCGGCAGUCGGUGCACCUGCAGAUCCACCUGCGGCAGCACACGGGCUACCGGCCCUUCAGCUGCGACGUCUGCGGCCGGACCUUCACGGACCGCACCGGCCUCAACAGGCACAAGGCGGUCCACUCCAGGGACCACCCGUUCGCCUGCGACACCUGCGGCAGGUCCUUCCGCGACGAGGACGGCUUGCGCGAGCACCGCACCCACAACACCUGCGUCGCCGGCCCCUUCUCAUGCGACAAGUGCGGCAGGUCCUUCGCGGACCCGUUCGCGCUCAAGCGGCACCUGCGGGUGCACGAGAGCAAGAAGCGGAAGCCGUGCGACGUGUGCGGCGACGGCAGCGCGGGGGGCCGGGCGUGCCGGCACGACAAGCCGUACGUCUGCAAGGUCUGCGGCAGGGACUUCGCGCGCGCGUCCUCGCUCAAGAGGCACGUGUCCGUCCACACGGUGGCCAGGACUUUCGAGUGCGGGAGCUGCCACAGGAGGUUCAAGUGGGAGAGCAGCCUCUGCGCGCACAAGUGCGGGCUCGACACCACCCCGAAACAGUUCUCCUGCGACGUCUGCAGCAAGCGGUUCCGCUUCCGGCACAACGCCGAAGCCCACCGGAAGGUCCACACGGGUGAGAGCACCCACUCGUGCGAGGUGUGCGGGAAGCUGUGCAACUCUGCGGCCAACUUGAGGAGCCACUACACGGUCCACAGCGAAGAGCGGCCGUACACCUGCGAGACCUGCGGCAAGGGCUUCCGGCGCAGCGGGAACCUGGUGGCUCACCGGAAGACGCACCUCACUGGUGGGCACGACUACGGACUCAGUCCCGUCUCUUUCGACACCACCCGCCACCUACAGGAGCACGCCAGUUCGUCGCUGGCUGCUCCGCCGUUGCCCGACGACAGCAGUGCCUUUAGUAGUGCAUUGUUUUACGAGUGUACCAUCUGUCGGAGUUCUUUUACUGACGCCAUUAGUUACUGGAGGCACGUAGGUGAACACUCUGGUAAUCCUAAGGUGGGUGUGGCUGGUGGCCACAGUGAAGCGACGUACACUGCACCGCCUGGUGCUAGCUCAGAAGCUGCCCCCGACCGUGACACGCAGCCUGUUAAUAGUGCCUUUACUUGUGAACCAGAAAUGGUAAUACCUGUAGGUCCAGAAAUUGUACAUAUGUAUUGAUUACAGUCUAAAUGUGCUAUUGUACUUGGUAAAGAAUACAGCGGAAAUAACAGGACCACACAGCUCAAAAUUUUUGACGAUUGCUCUUUUUGUGGAUAUGUGCCAAUAUAUCACCUACAUCAACACACUGCAAGCCAGCUUUCAGUCUGUAGCGAAUGAUACUUCUGAUAGCAUUAGAUUUAUCCCUCUUCAAAUGGUUCAAAUCGCUCUGAGCACUAUGGGACUUAACUUCUGAGGUCAUCAGUCCCCUAGAACUUAGAACUACUUAAACCUAACUAACAUAAGGACAACACACACAUCAGUGCCCAAAGCAGGAUUCGAACCUGCGACUGUAGCAGUCACUCAGUUUCAGACUGUAGCACCUAGAACCGCACGGCCACUCCGGCCGGCUUUAUCCCUCUUUCCUCGUUCCAUUUACGAAUGAUGCAUAGCAAAAGCAACUGUCGGUAAGCUACUUUAUCGCCUCUUAUUUAUCUGAUUUUCUUGCAGUGGGCAUUUCACAAUGUGUUAGCGCUUUUUUUCUAAAAAAAAAGUUUGAGGAUACUCCAACAUUGGAUAUAAUGCAGCGAAAAUUACUUAUAACUCAAGCAUGAGAUAGCACCUGCCUGCUUUUAGCCAUGACCUCAUCAAUAUGUUGAACUACCAAAAUAAAAAAUAAAAAAAUAAAAAAAAUCAUGGUAUCGGACUCUUCGGUUGACUUCACAGCUCAAAUAAAGCUGGCGAUACCGAGAAACACACAAACAUACAAGAGAAUGUGGUAUCGAACACUUCAGUUUACAUCACCUCAAAUGAAGCAUGCGAUUCCCAUCAACCCCCGAACAAUAAAAGAAAAUGGUAUAAUGCACUUUGGCCGGCCGGCAUGGCCGAGCGGUUCUAGGCGCUACAGUCUGGAGCUACGUGACCACUACGGUCGCAGGUUCGAAUCCUGCCUCUGGCAUGGAUGUGUGUAAUGUCCUUAGGUUAGUUACGUUUAAGUAGUUCUAAGUUCUAGGGGACUGAUGACCUCAGCAGUUAAGUCCCAUAGUGCUCAGAACCAUUUGAACCAUUUAUCGUACACUUCAAUUGACCUAUAAUACACCUCAAAUGAAACAGGUGAGUCCAAUCAACCCUCCGACAUACAAAACAAUACAAGGAAAUAUUACCGAACACAUAUUUUAACCUAUUAUACACCACUAAAAGACACAAUACAACAAAAACCAUCCACACCUAUCAUCAACAACAAUAAAAACAACAGUACAAAAAUCCUUUGUAACCUUGUUUGGCUCCCGAAAUGACAUAGAUGAUGGGUGGUAUCCUGUGCUUCAACUGACCCAAUUUUUAAUACAGCUGAAAAUUUAUUUAACUAUAAAACUUACAUUAAUAGUAUUACAACAGUUUCCAAACUGACUUUAGUUCAUGGCUGCUAUAGUCUUCACGCCUUCUUCGUUUACUCUUGCUAUCAGUAGCAAGGUGUCUGCUUGGCGUUUGAGCGUACGCAUAUCCGUUUAGCACUACCAUCGCCCACUAUUAGCGGGCAAGGGCACUACAUGCUUGUUGAACUGGCUGCCAGCGAUUCAGUUGCUGAGAAUGGUUUGCUGCAGCUUCGAAGUGCUUGAAACAGUCAAUGACAUCGCUUUUCCAACCAAAAAGUGCGCUGGUAUCGUUCGUAUUACAAAAAAUUACUUUUUCGACGAAAAAGUUUAGGGGUACGCAUCCCCCAGCGUUCCCCCAGAAAAACAGCACUGGUGUUAGUAGGAGAAGUAUUGUGUUGCCCUUUUCUUCCUCAGAACGUACACUCUUUGCAUUUCAGCAGCUCAGGAUUCUUAACUACAAGUGCGUCUGUUGUAGUUAAUGCAGCAUUACCUUAAUUGUUUUUUGCUUACUGAACUGUCCCAUGAUGACACUCGCCGAUCUUCCACGGAUCUCUCUACCUUUCUAUGAAUCAAACUUAUUAUGGGUUCCAGACUGAUGGGCAGAACUUACGAAUCGGUUGCAUGGGUGUUUUAUAAGCCUCGUACUUUGUACAUUAAUUAAAUUUAAUUAAGGUUCUCCCAGUGAAUCUCAGUCUGGCAUAUACUUUUCCCGCAGUUUGUUUUAUGUGGUCAUUCCACUUCAGUUUGUCGCUCAGGAUUGUUAUUUCUUUUGUUGUUGUUGUUGUGGUCUUCAGUCCUGAUACUGGUUUGAUGCAGCUCUACAUGCUACUCUAUCCUGUGCAAGCUUCUUCAUCUCCCAGUACGUACUGCAGCCUACAUCCUUUUGAAUCUGCUUAGUGUAUUCAUCUCUUGGUCUCCCUCUACGAUUUUUACCUUCCACGCUGCCCUCCAAUACUAAGCUGGUGAUCCCUUGAUGCCUCAGAACAUGUCCUACCAACCGAUCCCUUCUUCUAGUCAAGUUGUGCCACAAACUUCUCUUCUCCCCAAUCCUAUUCAAUACCUCCUCAUUAGUUAUGUGAUCUACCCAUCUAAUCUUCAGUAUUCUUCUGUAGCACCACAUUUCCAAAGCUAUUCUCUUCUUGUCCAAACUAUUUAUAAUCCACGUUUCCCUUCCAUACAUGGCUACACUCCAUACAAAUACUUUCAGAAACGACUUCCAGACACUUAAAUCAAUACUCAAUUUUAACAAAUUUCUCUUCUUCAGAAACGCUUUCCUUGCCAUUGCCAGUCUACAUUUUAUAUCCUCUCUACUUCGACCAUCAUCAGUUAUUUUGCUCCCCAAAUAGCAAAACUCCUUUACUAAUUUAAGUGUCUCAUUUCCUAAUCUAAUUCCCUCAGCAUCACCCGACUUACUUUUGUUAUGGUAGUGGUUAUUUCCAGUGAUAUACGGUAUCCCCAAUAAUGUAACAAACAAUAAUGGGUCUCCUGCACAAUAUGCUAUAUUGUUUACGUUCAGAGACAACUGCCACUGCCUGAAACAAUUGUCUUCCUGCACUUCUCUACAGUUGUGUGUCUUCGUAUAGACAACAGCAUCAUCCGCAAACAGCCCCAUGGAACCUUCAGUGCUAAGCAAAAGCGUAAACAGUAAUGGCCUAUGUCACUCCCAAGAAGUUCAUGUUUAAUGUUACCUUCUAGGAAUUUUUGACUCCAGUCACGAAUCUGGAGUGGUAUCUGAUAAACUCGUAUUUUGUUCAGUACACUAAGGCCCAGAACUGUAUCAAAUGCUUUCUGCAUGGCAUGAACAUCAGCACCAGUGUCAGCGGCACUCUGGAUCUCAAGGGCUAGUCUUUCAGUAGUAUAUUUAAUAUGUAGGUGGUAUUUUGAGAAGUACAGCACAUGUGAAGCUUUAAAAUAGAGUAGCAACAUAUUACGUUCAUCUUAUUUAAAAAAAGUGAAUACAUCACACAGUUACAGAUUUUGUAAGGCUCUUGCAUUCUGAUCCUAUAUCCUGUCCAUUUCGCUGUGACAGAAAUUUCCUGUGGCUGUUGCAAAUGAGAGAUGAAUUGUAGAGGCGAGUUUGAAAUAUCUUUUUUUUUUUCUUGGUAUUAUUUUAUAGUUCAAGAUUUUAUAGCCAUGUAAUUAAGAAUGACACAAAAAUUAAUGAAUUUCAAAUUUUGAUCAAGAUUUAAUGUUUUCACUAAUGUUUCAUAAAAGUUAUGAAAAUAUAUGAAAUGUACAGAGACAAUGAUUGCUGUAUGAUUAACCUGUAAACCAAAUAUUUAUGGCGCAUGGGCGAACUGCUCAGUUGAGCCUCUGUGAUGCGAACUGUGCACUUGUGUGGGCAAGUUGUGAAAGGAAUUCUCAUGAUGAACUGCUGCAUUUUGCUGUAUUGUUGAAAGGGAAGUACAGACUUCAUUGAAAAUACUUGAUCCAUCCUGUCAGGGAAAAUAUGGACUGUUCUCGCUAUUUUUAUACCCAAUAAAAUCUGUUAAGUGUUUU